GCUCGAUAAGUUCACAUCCGCUGCAGAAGCUUCAAGCGGAAGUGGUCGAGUUUGUCAUCAACAAUGGCGUCGCAGCAAAUGAACACCAACAAUGCUCAAAUGGGUGUUCAGCAGCCGGCUGUUUUACAGCAACCGCAAGCUCAACAGCUCAGUCAACAACAAGAUUUUGACCCCGUUCACAGAUUCAAAAUGCUGAUUCCACUGCUCAAAGAUAGUUUACAGAAUGUCAUGACCAUUGCUUCGUUAAAUUUUGGGCAUAAUACUGCUAUUGACAACGGCUUAAGAACAACAGAGAAAGGUAAUGAUGCAGCAGUUCAGCGGUUUGACAAAAGUUUAGAAGAGUUUUAUGCUCUUUGUGAUCAACUGGAACUCUGCCUGCGGCUGGCCCACGAGUGCCUCUCGCAGAGCAUCGACAGCACAAAGCAUUCUCCAAAUCUCGUACCUACAGCCACCAAGCCGGACACGGUGCAAACAGAGUCUCUGUCCUACUCUCAGUAUCUCAGUAUGAUAAAAUCACAGAUUUCAUGUGCUAAAGACAUUCAUAAUGCUCUCUUAGAGUGUUCAAAAAAGAUUGCUGGGAAAGGUCAAGGAGCGUGUACUUAGUUUACGUUUUUGUUUGUGUUUUGCAUAACUUUGAUGCUGAUCGAAGAAUAUAUUUUUUUGGUAUUUUCAAUUUUGUUUGUCUAUUUACUACUGUGACAAAUGUACUUAUGCAAUUAAAAUGAUAGUAUUUUCAAAAGUUAA